GUAUAUGGAUAUAAGUUGUGCCUUCUAGAGAAUGUCUCCAAGCUCAUUAUAUGUGUGAGAUAUACUGUAGUUUUGGGAACUACUUUAUGCGCUUUAUCCUUUGUCUUCUUCACAACUCUACUCGUCAAUGGGUGAAGGUCAAGAAAAAAUGCUUCAAUCUCCAUGUACAGCACGAAGAAAUGAUGAUAGCUAUGAAAAACAUAAGGAUCAAUGGGCGAGCACGGAAGGUGGUGGUGGUGAUGAGGAUGAUUCCUUCAACACAUCUUCCCUGGAUAAUUCAAGUACUACUAAUGGAUCAACAACUUCAUUAGAUAUGGUGGAUGAUGCAUGUUCAUCCUCAAACUCUAAUGAUCCUAUGUUUGAAUUAUCUGAGCUCCUGUCCCAUCUGCCCAUCAAGCGAGGAUUAUCUAAAUAUUAUCAAGGCAAGUCCCAGUCUUUUACAUCUCUAUCUAGGGUAGCAAGCACUGAAGAUCUUGCAAAGAAGGAAACGCGUAAUAGAAGGAAAGGGAAGGCAUCUAAGAGUUACGCGAAUGGUUUGGAUCCUCACAAAUCAUACACACUUCCUAAGCCCAUCAUAGCGAAGAAGGUAUCAAGAGGUUCUAUGCCAUCUUUAUGUUUUCGAGGUAGAAUAGGCAGCUUCUUAAAUAGUUCUAGGCCACCUCCAAUUCCACUGCACAAGAAGUUCUGAUGUAUAACUUCACAAGGUUGCUUGACUUGCUGUGUGGAACAAAUUUUUUGUGUGUGUAGAGAUAUUCAUAUAUACUUCAAGGAUAAAGCAAUGAGAGAGGAUAUGUUAAAUUGUAGAUGAUGGAAAAUGAUGAGAAAUUUUAUUUUCUGAAAGAAUAGAAAUGGAGACUUCCAUUGACAUAGUAGCUUAAAUGUUCUUUCUUAGAAACAAGUUCUCCUAGGUUUAUAUUUCUGUUUCUUUCAAUCCUUCAACAUAAGGAUAAGCAUGGAUCUCUUCUGAAAAUCUUUACUUUGAAA